AUGAUUCGCAAUAGGACCCGACCUCCGUUUGAAUAUCAACGUCAGGGCCCUAUUGCAAGACCCACUGGACAUAAACCAGAUGUUAGUCUAGGAAUAAACAUUAGGCCGAAAACAAAAAAUAAUAUUAAACCAUCAACAGCACCAAAUAAUGCAAGAACACCUAGAAGAAUAUCAGUAAAAAGAAAAACCGCAAAUAUACUCGAUUCAAUUUACCUCUUAGAACUAUUAAAUUCAACAGAUCUUUCAAGUAUUCAAUUUAUCGAAGCAUCAGGCAAAAAACUGACAGAAGUUGACAUAGAAUCAUUAAAAGAACUUGCUUCUCUAGAAAAAGCAGAUUUCAGUGAUAACAAACUGCCACUUGAACCAUUUUCUGUUAUUUCUACGCUAAAAGAUCUUGAUCUGAGUUGCAACUCUAUCAAGAACUUUGAUUAUAAGUCAUCAGAAUCAUACUGUGACAAAAAUCGAGGUUGGGAUUUGCUACAAAAUUUGAAUUUGAGUUUCAAUUAUGCAUCUUCUUUCAUAAAUGAACUUCAAUUCAUUCCUCAUCUAGCAAAUCUCAAUCUUUCUAACAAUUCAAUAUUAGAAUUACCAUCAAAUUUAAUGCAUUUUACAUGUUUAACUAAAUUAAACUUAUGCGGCAAUUUAGUUAACUCAGAUCAAAGCUUUUACGCAUUAGGAACUAUAAGCUCCUUACAAAUUCUUAUUCUUGACGAUAAUCAAAUCAAAUCAAUUCCAAAGCCUCAAUUUGGCUUCGAAAGUCUUAAGGAACUAUCAGUUAAAAGAAAUCUUUUAGAGUAUGUUGAUGAUGUUUCAUCACUUGUUGACUUUCCUGCCCUCGAAAAAGUGAAUAUUACAAAUAAUCCAAUUGUAUUACGUUCAAAAAUGAUGAAAGCAGUAGAUGAUAUAUUCGAGAAGACCAAAAUACUGAUAAUAACAGAAGAAAAGCCUAAUAGAGUCCAGAAAAGAGCUCUUCCAGUCAAUGUUCGAACAGUAAAUUUCGAUCCUUUGACACUUCCUUCAUUUACAAAAGGUCAUCUUAGAGCACUUAAUAAGAACUCAAAGAAGAUUGAUAGAAUUACUCAGAAACCUAAAGAAAGAGCACCAGAAGAGGAAGAAAAGGACGAAUUAGUCGAACAUUUCACUCCAAAGGCAGAAAAGAAGGCGCCAGAGGAUAAUUCUUCAUUCUUCCUUACAGCUACAAAUGCUACUGGUUCAAAUGAAGAAGAAAAGACAGAAGUUACUCAAUUAGUUAUGCCAAUUGAAGAAGAAGAGGAAGAAAUAGAAGUUGAGCAGAAAAUUAAUUCUAUAUGGAGUGAAGUUCCUGUUGUUGAUGCUUCUGAGCGACUUCCUCUUAAUAAUAAACGAAGACAAGAUUUCAUGGCCGCAUUUCGGAAGUUAGAGUUCAUUAUUUCUCAUCCUGAUGUUAGAAUUAAGCCCAGGGAGAGUGCAUCAAAGCCUUCUGCUACUACAAUUCAAGUUAGAGAAGAAACUACUGUUGUUGAACCUCCAAAUUUACUUUCAUCAGAGAAAACUCAGAAAACUAUUGUCAAAAAGAAACAAAAAGAUGUUACUAUGUCGAAGUUGGCAGCAAGAACAGAGUAUACAAAGACAGAAGUCCAACAGAUGCUCAGAUCUAUGGCGGAAAGACUCAGAACGGUGGAAAGAGAUUUGCGUUCGGCAGACGAAACAGGCAUGAGAGCUGUCGAUAUUGCAUUGGAACAGAAGAACUUCACCACACUCCAGAAACAGUACGAAACUAUUCGUGCAGAAUUGAUCAAUACAUUAAAUUCUUAA